AUGUAAUCAACUAUUUCAGAGCAACUUUCAGUAAGGCCUACUUUUAACCAAACUUCUAUGGAAAUUCACGACCAAGAAACUAAACCUUUACCAUCCAUUAAGAAGCCAAAGCUACUAGCAUUCAUCUAUGAUAUACCUAAGGCUGACGGCUACACUUCAAUUGAAAUCACUAAGAUACUUGUAGAUCUGGGAUAUUCUUGCAAUGUGCAAAUAAACAGGCAUUCUAAUUCAAAACCAUUUCUUUCAGCUAUGGUCAAGUUUGAUUCUGAGGCUCACUUUCAUAUGGCUUUGGAGAAUCACAUGACAUUCAAACUAAGAGACAACAAAGAGGCUAGAAUCCUUCCAUUUGACGAUGCUUUAAGUCGAAGAAUCAAAAGAAAGCAAGUUAUAAGUGACAAACUUUAUGAUCCUAAUGAUUUCGAUUACAAGAUAUUAAUCUAGCCAGAGGUUACCCAUUUAAAUAUAAAUACUAAGGAUGAUGCUCAACUUCCAACACCUGAUAACAGUUCUGUCUCAGUAAAUCUUUUCCUCAAAAGGAUUGACAAAUCUUGGACAACAAAAGAUCUUUAUGAAAUAUUUAAGGACUAUGGAGAAAUCAAGAGUGCUAAAGUAUCUCUUGAUCCCUAAACUCAUCAAUCAAAAGGAUAUGGAUUCAUUUGGUUCAAAAAUCCAGACAGUGCAGCUAAGGUCUUGGAAGAUUCUUAAAAUAUGGGUUUCCCAUUUGACAUUGAGCCUUAUGUUCCCAGAUUAACUAAAAUAUAGGAAUAAGAACUAAACUAAACCCUCAAUAAUGAAAAAUUUAGAGCCAAUGUACUUGUGGUUAGUAAUUUUGAUACUUAUCUUUCGGAAGAUGUACUUAUAGACUAUAUCAGUAGCUUUAGUGAAAUUGUUGGCUAUAAAUUUAUGAAGCUAGCUGAUAAUUAAGUAUCUCUACUCUCUUUUAAAAAUGAGAAUGCUGCAUAAUAUGUCAUUGAUUAAGCAAUUUAAAAACCAUUAACAGGCUAAACUCUAGUAAUUUAAUAAAUAAAGGAUUGCCCAUUGAUUUAAUUACACCAACAAAACAUAAAGAAUGAAAAAGAAUAAUUGGCACAAAAUUUUUAGAAAAUGAAUUUAUUAGUAUUGGAAUUAUCUAAUAUUCCACUUUCAAUCACAAUUGAUGAAUUAAGAGAAGAUCUUUCACAAUAUGGAGUACUUAAUUAAUGCAAUUUUAUUAAAAAUUCGAACAAGUAUCAAAACAAAUGCCACAUAAGUUUUAAAGAUCCUGAGGAUGCUUAUAAGCUCAUCAAAAUGGAGCAGAUCAGCAUUAAAGACUGUAAAAUAUUCAUUAAAGAGCAUUAAUUCAACUAUGACUCCCCUUAACCCUAAAAUGAACAGGUGACCACACCUAAAUCAAAUACCUAUACUAAAAAAAGUUAAAAAAAGGAUUAAUAUUGGCAAAAGCAAGUGUGCUAUCCUAGUUCAUGGAGUUACCUUGAUAAGAAGCAUAAAGAUCUGUAAAAUUCUUUUAAGAAGAUUAUACCAAAGAAAAAGCAAUAUUCUUCAAGAGACUAUCAAGAUUAUGAGCAAGAGCAUGAGAGUUCACAAGGAUAUUAGUCUUUUCACAAUAAUGAAGAGACUAUAUAGUAAAAAGUGGAAAGAACUUAGAAGUAAUAGCUUGCUAAAAUGACUGAUGCUGACCUUAAGAACUUAGAGAGAUAGAAGGAAAUCACUGAGUAAAUUAAGCAGCUACAUUAAAGAUUCUAUUUUGGGUUUUACAAUGAAAUGUAUGAUGAAUGCAGGAGCAUCAUCAUUGCUUGUGUGGAUCUUUUACUUGAGAAAAACAAUGAUUUAAACUCUCUACAGAAUCCUGAACAAUUUAAAGAUGAUAUUCUUAAAAGAUAUGCUGAGGUAAAAGCUAAGAAUGUCAAAAAUUGGAUGAAAGACUUCCAUUCCUUCUCAGAAUUUCUUGAUCAUCUCUAUGUAAAGGCUCAGUUCAAUUGA